UCGCCCCUCUUCCUCCUCGCCGCAUCUCCGUCCACGACCUCCUCCCUCCCGCCUCCUGCCACACGACCGUGCAUGCGACCUCUUACGCUCCACUCCUCCGCGCUGAACGAUGGCGAAUAUACCGUGUACAUCGCGUGCAUGCGCGACCUCGCCGAGGAUGACGAGCCCGACAUGCAAGCCAGCGACACGUUCUACGAGGACAUGAAGGUCGGCGUCCGCGAGGCCAGGGCGUGGCUCCGCGGCCGCUAUUCCACCCUUGCGCCUGGGAUGAUCGACUCGAUCCUCCGCCUGUUCUGUCCGAACCUUGCGCCCGCGGACGUCCUCACCGGCGGCCAGCUCUUCGCUGUGCUGAGGCUCGUCCACCAUGCACUCAACGGGAGGGACGUCGACAAGGGCCUCGUGUUCGUACAGGCGCACCCAGAUUCCCAACCGUCUCCACCAGCGCCACAAUCCAUCGACCGGCUGCCUCCGCCAUCCUAUGACCCGCCCUCCCCAGACAAGAACCCCUUUGGCACUUCCGACAUUUCCAAGCCAAGUCCCAUGGUCCCGUCCAAAUCCGCGCCGCUUCCCCCAGCCGUUCCGCCCAAGCCGUCCACGAACCCCUUCCUCGCGCGACGCGGCUCCGAAGAGGGCCAUCGCCCAUCCGCCAUCGGCGAGCGCGAGCGCGCGCCGAACCCGAACGCGCGCGCACGGAGCGAGGGCCGCACCCCGCCUCUGCCCCCGCGCAAGCCCACUAUACCUGUCGUACCCUCCCUACCGCCGCGCCACUCAUCCCUCGCGAAGAUGCCCGAGACGAUCUCCGUGAGCCAGACGAACCCACACGUGUUGAUCCAGCAGAGCCUCCAGGCGACGCGCGUCGCGCAGAGCUUGAAGAAGGCGGAGCAGAGGCUGGAGCAGGAGCGCGUGUGGGAGGUGCUCAAGAGCAGCAAUCCUUCUGUGUCGAGCGUAAAUGGCCUGAGGCGGACGAGGAGCAUCAGUCCGACGAAGGACGCCGCGGCGCCGUCGAGCUCCGGCUCGUCGAGCUCGGGCGCUAGGGAACGCCCGAGGGAGCGGGCGGCGCCGACUCUGCCACCGCGACGCAAGCUCAGCCCGCCUGCGUCGACGAUCUCGGGCGCGACGACGCGCUCGUUCGAGUCCGUCGCGCGCGCGAAUAUCCCCAGCUCCCUGUCGCGCUCGCGGCACGUGAUCUCACCCUCUGCGUCUGCGACCACCUCGCCCACACGCACGCCGCCCCGGCCGCUGUGCGACCUGCCCUCAGAGCCGCCCCCGACGCACCCUGACCGCAAGCCGUCGCUCCCUGGGGUCGACGGCGAGCGGAGCGUGCCCAACUCACCCUCUGCGACGGGCGAGUUUCCCCGCGUCUACCGUAGCAAGAGCAUGAACCACCCGUCGCCGCCGCCGCCCGUCCCGCCGCUGCGGCAUCGGCGCCCCGAGAGCGUGCAGCUCGCGCCAAUCUCGCCCGUGGACGCGGUGUUCAUGAGCCCGUCACGGCCGAGCUUCGCGGGCACGGGCGCGCACAGCCUGAGCCGGCACCACUCGCUCUCGGGCGUACCCCGCCCGCGCGCCGCCGGAGAGGCGCUCCCGGAGCCGAUCGCGAACCUGCAGAAGACGCUGACGAGCCUGGGCCAGAAGGCGGCGCCGCGCCUGGACAGCGCGCGGUACAAGGCGGAGGCGGCGUUCACCCCGCGCGGGUUCGUGCAGCACUCGCACGCGCGCCCGGGGCUCGGCGGGCUCGGCGGGCGGUGGGGCGUGCGGGAGGGCGAGGAGCGGCUGAUUGACAGCGAGGAGGAGGCGGUGGGUGAUGGGGAGAGCUCUGUUGGGCAGGACAUCACGGGGGACUCGGUGAGGAGCCCGGGGAGCGAGGAGCCGGAGUGGAGUCGGCGGUUGAGGAGGCUGAAGAUGGGAGAGGGGGAGAACGAUGGCGGGCGAGAGAGCCCGUCGCGAAGGAGCUUUGGCGUUGAGAGGGACGAGCUGAAGUGGCCUGCGGGCGACGGCUGGAAGCGCUUGUAGGCGACGGAAGCGAAAGAUGAGAUGUAGCGUAGUAUAUAGAACCGCCGGUCGUAGUCUGUAUAUUGUGUAGUAGUAUAAUCUCGAACGCUGUGCAUCUGCUCUGUUCUGUUGGUCGUGAAGCUGGGACCGGGACAUGUCGAGCAGCAGGGUCUGUGCGCAAUAGUGUGCGCAUCAGCACUAUAGUACUGAAGUAUCAUUGACACUAAUAGUAUCAUGAUUGCGAUA